CACGAAGGUAGAAACUGUGGUCAUCGGUUUGCCAACAAGGAUAUCAUUUACAGAUGCGCCGACUGUGGGUUUGACGAGACGUGUGUUCUGUGUGCCAACUGCUUUAACAAGGAUGACCAUGUUGGGCACAAUGUUUCUAAGAGUGUUGCGAGAUCUUCAAAUAACGGUAUCUGUGACUGUGGUGAUGAGGAAGCGUGGACGAAGGAGUUGCGCUGUGCUUGUCAAAAG